ACAGAAAAAGAGAGAAAGGGAGAGGGGAAGAGAGCGGGCCGGGAGCCUCGGCCCUGCCUGGCCAUUGCCCCGCGCGGAGGCGGCUGGCCCGGGCUGCCCGGCCUGGCCCUGGCACGUGAGCGGCGCGGGCUGCCGGCCCCUCACGGCCCCUCACGGCCCCGCGGGCGGCGGUGCGUGCCUUUCCCCGCCGGCACACACACGAACUCACUUAUUACACCCCCAGAGCGCGCCUCCGCCUUGACUGCAGACAUGAGGCUCCAGCUGCUGCUGUGGGUCGUGCUUGUGCUCCUGGCGAGCCUCCUCCCAGCCGACGGACAGCGGCCAGCCAGCCUGGCGCUGCGCAGGAAGCUCCACCGGCACGGCUGCUCGCACCGGCGCUGCAUGCCGCUCCACUCCAGGGUGCCCUUCCCCUGAGCGGCCAGCCACUUCAUUCUGUACUUUCCAGUGUUUUAAAGGAGCAACAGUUAAACCGAUAAGAGAAGUUUGUCAGAAGUCCAGAUCAACAACAGCUGACCUGACAGCCACCACAGUGCCACCUUCAGCAGUCCUGUCUGUCACAUUCUACUGGGCCUGGACCUGGCCCCUGUCUCACACCCUGAGAAGUGGUGGGGGCUGAAGUGUGGUGAUAGGGGAUGUACAUGAACUUACCUGGUGGGAUCAUUCCCUGCAAAUUGUUUGGCUCUCACAGUGACUAGUGAAAGUCAAAGAUCAAAUCAAACAUCAGGUAGAUUUUGAUCUGAGCUAGAUUUCUGGUGGCAGUAAGAAGGAAGGAUCUGUCCAAGGGCACUCUUGAUGGUAUAUUCAGACUGAGUGAAAUUGAAAGUACUGUUGACUACUCAGUUCAGGCUGAUGAAAUAGUAUCAGACUCCAGUAUGGAAUUCUGAAAGUCCAUUUUUUGUUUAUACUUUUAUAUAUUAAUAAUAUAUACAUAUAUGUUUUAACAUCUAACAUCUUUAUAGAAUUACCUUAAUAAAAACAUAGAAUGCAUUACUCUAAUAGCACCAAAGCCAGCACCACACUAGUGGUCCCACUGGCUUCAUGUAUAGUAAGCAUAGUAAGAGUUUACAAUAUAAGAAAGCAAAGAGAGUGUUAUCCCUCAUUGUGUAGAUAGAGAAUUGAAGCACACAGAGAUAAGAGAUUAGCCAAGGGUCAUGCCAAACUGAUAACUCAGAUCUCUCAAGCCAGGCCUUAAGGUCAAGCCCAUCCUCCUGUCUAAUGAGCUGUUACUGCAAAGCCUAUCAUUUGUUUUCUUAAAGUGGGCUGCCAAACCAGACAGUUAAACAUGCUUGAAAAUUCAGUACUACAGAGCUAUUUGCUUAAUAGUAGUUUUCCUAAAAUACCAGCUACAGUAUUAUAAAUAGAGCAUAAAAAUAGACCAUUGAAAAGAAUCCUUUGUUUGGUCAGCCUUAGUGUUGCAUAGCACUCUAUUCCUGUAAUUUAAAUGAAUGGGAUAUUUGAACAUGGCACUACAAUGAAUGAAGACUUCAAACAGAAAACAGGCUGUUCUUUUCAGCACUGGAGGUCAAGAAUACAUUGAGCUUUUAGUCUGAGUUUUGGUCUUAAAAAUACGUGCUUCACAUCUGCCUUUUAUAUCAGCAGAAAUUACCUACCUACAUACAAAGGAAAACGUGAUAGCCCUUUCAUUAGCAUAACCAAAACAACCUGAAAAUAAAAUUACCCAAAUUUUUAACUCAUUGCACUAGACUUUAAAUGCCAACAUUUUUUACAAAAUAUAUAAAGACAAUCAAAGAACAGAAGUGUUGAGGUUUAAAUCUGGUAAUAAAUUUUUAAACUUACAACACAUAGUUUCUAAUAAUUGAAAGAACAACAAUCAAAAAAACUGGAUAGUUGAAACUUUCUAAUCAGUGUGCAUAUGUAACCCCUUAUCUCUAAGAACUUGAAACUUUACUUGAAUUAAUACUGGCAGAGUUUAAUAGGAGUUACAAAUUUUUCUCCAUGAAAAAAAAAUUAAAAUGUAACUUCAGACCCAGUUCUGGAGUUGUGUAAAACCAUCAUAAAAAGAUGGUCAAACUUAUCUAAACCAACAAGCAGUCCUGCAGGUAAACGUUUGGAGUCCUGAAAAAAAAAGCAGUUUCCCAAAGAAGCGUUCUACCACUUACAUAUAUUUCAAAAAUUAUUUAUUGAACUUGGCUUUGAUAUGUAUCCUUGGCUAACUCUGUUUAGAACUACAGGUAAAGAGUGUGGGAAAGCAAGAGACGUGACGAGUAACUAUUUAACAAUUAUGUCUUAUGAAUGAGUAUAUGGAUCUAUUGUGGCACUGGAUCUUUUAUAUAACCACAAUUAUUCAAUUAACUUUGAUAAAAUGGUAAAAAAUACAUAAUGCAUCUAUCAAAUAGCUAUAAAUGCAUGUUCCUUCACAAAGGUAAAAAUAAAAUAGCACCCUAGGAAGCCGCCUAUCAAUCUACAAAAUUAUUCUAAAUAUCUGUUUUUUAAAGGCAUUCUGAUACCAUCAGAUCUGCUUUGAAAAAAGGCAUUAAUUGUGAGCUUCAAUAGAUAUGUUUAUCAACUAGCUGGUUGAUUGUAUAUUUUGUAAAAAGAUAGUAUGCAUUUCAAAUAAUAUCUUAUUUGAAAUAAAUUUUGUACACUCCUCAAAGUUUGUAUUCUUCAGCUGUCAAAGGCAAUGCAUCUAAAGAAAAUUGAGAAGUUGACUAUUGUCCCUGUGGAUUCAUAUAAGAGUUAGUGUUUGAAAAUUUUUUACUCA